CGCGUAACCUAGGAGGCCGGAGCCACAGCCUGGUCACUGAUCCCUGCUGAUACACCGCGAUUCACCGGCCAUGGUCGCACCACCUCGCCGUGCGAUCCCAGUCCUGGUGGAUAUACCUGGCGAUCUAGCGCGAUUUACACUCCAAACCCGGGCGUAGAAGGAUCCAGAGAAAGUAUUUGCAAUCACCUGUGUUUUAGAGAGGGGCUCGGAUUCCUGCAAACAAGGCCAAAAGUUUUGAAAGCGUCAACAAACAGCUUAUAGCAUAGGGCGAGGCCGAGGCGAGCAUGGGACCGCCGUACCGUGUAGCCAAGUACAGAGUGCGAACAGCCUAGUCUAAGGUGCUCGAUCAACGACAACCGUCCCGACUCGCUGUGUACUUUCGUACCGUGAUCUUCAACCCCCCCAUGGCGGCCAUGCCACCUCUAAAAGCCAAGUCCGGCUUCCCCGUCAGCAACAAACUGCUACAGAAAAGAUGGAACGACAAGGCUUUCCAGUUACACCAACAGAAGGUGGCAGCUAUGAAAGCGGAUCUCGACAACAAGUCCCCCAAGCCAUACCACCACAUACGAUUACGAUUGAAGAAGUUAUUGGCUGAAGAGGAGAGACAAGCUCAGGUAGAUCAUGACAACAGGAAGCUCCUAGGCAGGAUGACACAGAUCAUGAGAACACAUGGAUCCCUGGACAACUGGAACAACUACACACCCAGGAGUUUGAACUACUAUGUAAGAGAGAAGGAAGCCGAGAGGAUUGCAGUGAACAAUGAACUGAUCAAGAGUCGUUUACUGGGAGUGCAGCCCAGCUACAACCUCAACAAAUGGGAGGAAGACUUCCUGAAGCACGAGUACUACCUCGCCAACAUGGCGGCCGUCACAAAGGACUUCGACCUGGACAGUCUGGAGCCUACGCCACGGGACCCCCCACGGAGAAGACGGCCAAGGAGCGUAGGGACAGAGACAAGGUCAGUUGAAACAGGAGUGCUAGAGCACCCUCCCGUUUUGGAUGUCGAAGACACUCCCAUCCUGACCCAUGACUAUUACCUGGUGGACAACACCGAGGAACCCAGAGACUUCUAUGUAGACAUCAUUAUGCAGACCAAGCCAAUAAGGAAGAGAACAAGUAUUCUCAAAAACUGGGCCGAACAGGCGAACGUGUGGUCUAACCUGAAGACGGAUCGGUCCACAGAAGCUGCCAGCACCACAGACGGUGAAGAGGCACCAAAAUUACCCAAAAUUAAGCUUGAGCGGAGUAAAGGCGGUGGGACCUGGCCACCCAGACGCUUCCAUACCAAGCUGCCAAAAGUGAACAGGGUGGACAAAAACAAGGUUGACCUGUCUCAACAUGAUGUUGACAGAGAUUCCAGGAUGCUCUUCAAAGCCACUAAGGGCUUGAGCCAAAAUGAAGUGUCUAUAGUCAUCAAGACACUGGUGAGACGUACCUAUAGACAACGCCAAGAGACCAAGGCCAAGUUCUGGGAUCUUUAUGACAAGGAAUUGUCUGAGGAUCUGAAGUCCCAGCUGAGUGAUGACUUUGCCCAAGUGAUCGACGCCCUCCUGAUGGAAAGAGAGAAGUUCGAUGCCAUGACAGUACACAGUGCACUCAAGGGAUCACCUUCAGCAGAGGCCACACUCAUUGAGAUUUUGUGCACAAGGAACAAUAGGGCUUUGGAACAGAUUAAGAAGGCUUACAGAGAUGAGCACCUGAAUAACCUGGAAGAUGACAUCCGCAGUGAGACAUCUGGGCAGCUGCAGGACCUGCUGCUGGGGCUGCUGGCAGGUGACAGGGACGAGAGUAACGAGAUAGACGAGGACCUGGCCAGACAGGACGCUCAGGAAUUACACCAGGCUGGGAAGGACAGGUGGAGCACAGACAGUGACUCCAAACUGAUGUCUCUCAUCACUACAAAGAGCUACUCACACAUCAGGGCUACACUUACAGAGUAUGAGAAGCUGGCACAAACUGACAUGUUAGAUGUCCUGAAAGAUGAGCUGUCAGGAGAGUUCCUCGCAGCAAUGGUGGCACUUGUGAAAGUCAUUUUCUACUGCCCCAAAUUCUUUGCGGAGAGGAUCUACCAUGCCAUGCGGCCACGUGGGGAUUCUGCAACCCUCAUCAGGUGCUUGAUGACCAGGGCAGAGGCGGACAUGCCUUUGAUCAGGAAGGCAUACAAGAAGGCAUAUGGUGCCACAAUCAUGGAUGACCUUGAGGGUUAUGUCAGUGCACCGUACAAGCCCAUCUUGGUCGACCUUGUCAGAGUUCCUGAAGGCCAGGAUGGAAACAAAAAGUCACAGAAGAGAAUCAAUGGCAUGGUCAUCCACCGCGCCCCUCCCCAACUCAGACCACUACGCCACCAGCCCAUCCCUCCUCCCAAACCUGUGGACAUCAAGAACAACCCCCUGGCCCAGCCCUCCCACAGGCCACUGGCUGCUGCACAGAGGGAGAAGUCAUUCGACAAGACGAAUGAUAGAGGGGAAGGAGGGAGGAAUGGUAGCGACAAGGAGAACAGGGAUAGAGGGAAGGGGAAAACACAGGCUGAAGCCAGUGUUGUUCCUGCCAAGAGAUUCCAUGUGGACAGGGACUGUGAAGACUUCAGGAAUGCCAUAUCUGGAUGGGCUACGGACGAGGAACCGCUCAUCAAGCUGCUGUCAUCCAGGUCACAUGACCAGAGACAGCAGGUCAAGAAGCAGUACAAGGCAAAGUACAGCAAGGACAUCUUACAGGACCUGAAGGCAGAGAUGGGCAGUAGUUAUGAUGACUUACUUGUGAUGCUGCUGACUCCGAGGUCUGACUUUGAUGCCUGGACCAUGCACAAGGCAACUCAAGCUAAUGAUGACAACAGCAAAGCAGUGUUUGCAGGGAUACUGUGCACCAGAAGUAACAAACAAAUCAGGGCAAUGCGAGAGACAUACAAGAAAUUGUUCUCCCGUAAUCUACUGGAUGAUCUGAAGGCCUGCAGUACAGACAGGUUGGCUGACCUUCUACUGGCUCUCACCAAGGGUGACAGAGAGGAGAGGGGCAAGGUUGACCAAUCACGAGCCAAGGAGGAUGCUCAUGAGUUAUACGAGGAGGACAAGCUAGGUGCCAACGACAGGUCCAGGAUUGUAGACAUCUUGGCAAACAGAAGUGUACCUCAACUUAAAGCAACACUGCAAGCUUACAAAAAGGUUUCGGGCAGAGAGCUGUUGGAGACUAUAGAGGCUGAGAUGCCAGAUGACCAGAAAGUGGGCUUUGCUGCCAUUGUGCGUUGUCUCAAGGACCCUGCCAAAUUCUUUGCUGGCAGACUUAAAGAUGCUGUUAGUGGCAGCGAAGGAAUGGAUGAGGACACCUUGAUGCGCAUUGUUGUGACAAGAUCAGAAGUGGAUCUGCUGGAAAUCAAGCGACUAUUCAAGGACCAGCAGGGUCAGGCACUAGCAGAGGUCGUGGAGGACAGCUGCACAGGGGACCACAAGAAACUGCUGCUGGCACUGAUUAAAGGCAACAAGGGCAGCUGAAUCAACUUCCUCAUCAUAGGAAUGCAGUGGCUAUAAAGAAACAUUGAAAGCAAAUACAUGUAACCUCUAUCAUCAUUCAUCUGCCAUGUUACAUAUAUCUGUCACUUGGAAAAACUGUGUGUUUUAGAGAUAUCUAAUGUAGCACCCCCAGGAAUGCACAGCUUAGAUAUACAGGAGUGCAUUAUACAGGGGAACGUUGCACUUGGGAUCUCCUUAGAUGCAUUUUCUUCAUGGUGGCAGAUAUAUGUGACAUUGCGGAAAAUAUGGUAGUAGAUUUUGCUUACAUUGUCAAGUUACCUCCUCACCUCUGAAACCCUAUGAAAAGGGCCUCGAGGGUCAAUUGUCACUUAUGAAGUCAGGAAAUGAAUAAAUAUUGCUACUGUCAAGUGUGCUGUAAAAAGAACUAGCAAGACCUAAACUGUUCAAACUCUCUGAAAAUUACCAAAAUGUGUCUCCUGAUGCAGUUCCAUAAGAUGGUGUCUGCUAGUGAUUCUAUGAUAGACAGGUUUAUGUUAGGUGAGCAGAACUGCAUUGUGAGACCAUGACAUAGGCAAAACGCCUUGUUUAAGAUAGGCAGCUUUUGAAGAAAGAUUUUAUUUGAAAAACCCUGUCAAAUUAAAAAAAAUGGCCCAUCCAAAACUAAGUAACCCCAUCUGUAACAGGUGUCAAGUAAAAUUUUCAUCCAAUCACAAAGGCUGUUUCUGGCGUAGCAAGGAAGUUAGCGUAAGCUGAUCAAUCAUUGGACCACAUCAGACUAUAUGCAGUAUUAUUGGGUCUGAUUCUUUGCUUUUACUUGUGAAAAUUGCUGAGAAUACAUAUCAGAUUUGUAUAUUCCAGACUGUUGAAAAUUUAUAUACAGCCCAAGAUAUAUAUGUAUCUAUCAACAGAGUGUACAGAUUUUAAAGUCAAUAUAGAGAAUUCUAGAUCUGUUUCUUGGUUGUGUUUCCUGAAAAUACAAUUGAUCUUUUGCAGCAAACGUUUUAUCUUUUCAGUGUGUGUUUUAUGCAUGCAAAUAUCAAUAUCAAAAAUAAAGUAUCUUUUU